CCCCCCCCCGUUUUCCUACCCCUCAUUUUUUCACCCUAAGUCACCAUGCCGCCCCGCCGUGCCGCGGGACCCCCCCGCUCUGUCGCCGCCAUGAAGGCGGCCAUUGCCGCCCAGAAGGCCGAGGAGGAGAAGUUCCUCGAGGAGCAGCGCCUGGAGGAGGCCCGCCUCAAGGCCGAGGAGGAGGCCGAGAAGGCCGCCCAGGAGCUUGCCGAGGAGCAGCGCCGCCUGCGCCGCGAGCGUGAGAAGGCCAAGAUCGAGGAGCAGAAGAAGGCCGGUACCUACAUGACCGAGGCUCAGAAGAAGGAGCGCGCUCGCGCCAUCGCCCGUCUCCAGGCCAUGGAGGCUCAGGGCAUUGCCCUGCCCCCGGACGCCCUUGCCCGUCUGCUGGACCCGGAGGCCGCCCAGACGGCCGAUUCCCCCAAGUCGCGCCCCCGCACCACCCGCAAGCGUCCGACUACCACCCGUAAGCCUGGCUCCAAGGCCGACGCCGCGUCGACCGCUGCUGACACCACCGAGGAGACCCCCACCCCGGCUGACUCCUCGGCCGCCGCCGUUCGGGAGUCCACGCCUGAGCCCGAGCCCGAGCCCGAGGUCGACCCGGCAACUGCCAACCUGCAGAAGCUGGCUCUGGUCGAUGACUGGGAAGAUCUCCUGUCCGAUGAGGAGCCUGCUGCCCCGGCCCCGAAGGCUGCCGCCGCCGCUCCGGUGACCACCGCUGCUCCUGCUGCUGUUGCUGCUGCUGCUACCCCUGCUCCUGCUGCCGCUCCGGUGGCCAUCGCCACCCCGGCUGCCGCCCCUGCCUCGCCAAAGGCCGAGGCUGCUGAGAGCAACGAGCUUCGCUCUCCCAUUUUCGUGGUGCUCGGCCAUGUGGACGCUGGCAAGACCAAGACCCUGGACAAGAUUCGCCAGUCGAAUGUGGCCGCCGGUGAGCAUGGUCGCAUUACCCAGCAGAUUGGUGCCACCUACAUCCCGCGCGAUGCCCUGGAGCAGAAGAUUGCGGCCGUCGCUCGUGGCAGUGACUUCAAGCUGCGCCUGCCGGGUCUGCUGAUGAUUGACACUCCGGGUCACGAGUCUUUCUCGAACUUGCGCUCUCGCGGGUCGGACCUGUGUAACAUUGCCAUUCUGGUGGUCAACAUGACGUCCGGCUUCGAGCCGCAGACCUUCGAGUCGAUUCGCAUGCUGAAGGAGCGCCGGAUCCCCUUCGUGGUGGCCAUGAACAAGAUCGAUCGCCUGUACGACUGGAAGACCACGCCGGAUGCCGGCUUCGCGGCCACCUUCGCCAAGCAGACGAAGAACGUUCGCCAGGAGUUCGACGGGCACCUGAAGCGCGUGAUCCUGCAGCUGAGCGAGGAGGGCUUCAAUGCCUCGCUCUUCAACGAGAACCCCGACGAGCGGAAGUACAUUUCCGUGGUCCCGAUUUCCGCCAUGACCGGCGAGGGUAUUCCGGAUCUGCUGCUGCUGCUGUCGCGCCUGUCGCAGCAGAUGAUGGCCGAGAAGCUCACUUUCCAGGAGAACAUUGAGGCCACCAUUCUCGAGGUCAAGAUGCUGGAGGGCCAGGGCACCACCAUUGAUGUGAUCCUUUCGAAUGGCACCCUGCGCGAGGGGGAUCGCAUUGUGGUUUGCGGUCUGAAUGGGCCGAUUGUCACCAGCAUUCGGUCGCUCCUGACGCCGGAGCCGCUGAAGGAGAUGCGUGUCAAGACCCCCUUCAUCCAUCACUCGGAGGUGAAGGGUGCCAUGGGUGUCAAGAUCGCCGCGCAGGAUCUCGAAGGCGCGGUGGCCGGUGGCCGUGUGCUGGUCAUCAAUGAGCGCAUGUCGGAGGAGCAGGCCAAGCGCGAGGUGAUGGCCGAUGUGUCGCACCUGCUGGAGCUGAUCAGCUCCACUGGGCGUGGUGUCCAUGUCCAGGCUUCCACCCUCGGGUCGCUGGAGGCCCUGCUGGAGUUCCUCCGUCAGAUGAAGAUCCCCGUCGGCUCGGUGGCCAUCGGGACCAUCUUCAAGAAGGAUGUCAUCCGGGCAUCCAUCAUGCUGGAGCACCAGAAGGAGUAUGCCACCAUGCUCUGCUUCGAUGUGAAGAUCGACCGCGAAGCCGAGGCCCUGACCAAGGAGCUCGGUGUGCGGGUCUUCUCGGCCAAUGUCAUCUACCACCUGUUUGAUGCCUUUACCGCGUACAUGAAGGAGCUGGAGAGCGGCCGCCGGACGGAUCUCUCCUCGCUGGCCAUCUUCCCGUGUGUCCUGUCCGUGGUCCCGACGUCCAUCUUCAACAAGCGCGAUCCGAUUGUCAUCGGUGUCACCAUCAAGGAGGGCAGCCUGCGCGUGGGGACUCUGCUGUGUGUCCCGAGCCGUGACUGUGUGGAGAUCGGCCGCGUGACCGCCAUCGAGGUCAACCACAAGGCGGUGCCUGUUGCCAAGAAGGGCACCAGCGUGGCCAUCAAGAUCGAGUCCGACGACCCGAAGACCUUCGGCCGGCACUUCGACGCCAAUGAUGAGAUCGUCAGUCGCCUGUCUCGCGAGUCGAUCAACGUCCUGAAGGACAACUUCCGCAGCGAGGUGUCCAAGGAGGAGUGGAACCUGGUGCGCAAGCUGAAGACCGUGCUGAACUUCAUCUAAAGAUAUGCAUGGUGGCCCAGUGGCCGCAUUUUUUAGGCAUGCUUCGCUUCCCCUCCCGUGUGGGCACGCCGAGAGGCAGCUCGAUAUAUCCGGCGAGGGGCGGUGGCGUUUGCCCCAAGGCCCCAUCGGGCAUGCCCUGUGUUCUAUGCUUGUUGUCAUAUCAAUAUACUAGAGUUCCUUC